AUGGGUUUGCCGCAAGUGUCCUCUAGUGAUAGUGAUGAGGAAGUUGCAGCAACAUCAUUGGGCUCAUUUUUGCAAAGCCCACCACGAUUUGCUGGUGCAAGCACCUGUGAUUUGGAUGGAAUUCAUGAAGGAAGUACAAGCCAAACAGUUACGGAUAUCCCGUGCUCCUCUUUUGGAGAUUUCCCGAGGCAAGCAUCCUUGGAAUUUUCCAAGUUUUCUGAUGGAUCAUUUGGAUUUGGAGGGUCAAAUGAUGCUCUGCCCAGCGUUCAGGGGUUCAAGAUCGGUUCUGCAGAUAAAGGUGGUUUGUUUACUCUUAAAAGUGGACGGAGUAUCCAAGACCCUGUGUCUAGGAUUGUGGGUUUUGAAUCACGUGGAACAAGUUCUCUAGGUAAGGAAUUUAAUGGAGCUUCUUCUGAUGAUGUUCAUUCUUCUUCUGUUGAUCGCUUCACAGUUAGUGGAACUGAGUCCAGUGGGUCAUUAGUCAGAAAGCGGUUGUUGUCACCUUUAAAGAGUAUGCUUUCACCGGACCAAUUUAGUGGAGAUCUUCUGGACAUUGGCUUCAGCGAUUCUCAAAUGUCUUUCUCUGCUGGGGCUGACAGUUCUAGCAUUUCAGUAUCGCAAGACCAUAAGAAAGUAAAUGUUGGAAUCAAAAUCCCCUGCACUGCACCAUCUUGGUCCUUAUCCAGUUGCUUGGAUAUGCCAUCUGAUAACAGAAGAAGAACAUCCAUUUUUUUUACAGAUGGCCCUUUGCUGGAAAACAAUGAGCCAAGCAGUCAUAAUAAUUGUUCGAAUAUACCUGGACUUGAUCAUUUCAAUGAAUCAAGUAAGGUAAGACCUCGUAGUGGGGUGAUAUCUAUAUCCCCCAAAAAGCCGAUCUCAACUUCUGUUUCGUUGUCACCUCUCGGUCCAAAGUUGUCUGAAAGAAUAGAAACUGCAGGAAAAUACAGGAAGGUUAAGAAAGAGAUAGAGGAUUGUUGUUCACCUUUAAAGAAUUUAGAGGAGUCUAUUGACAAAUGUGACUCAGGCAUUAUCUUUGGCCCCAUAGAAGGCGAGUUUAGGUCUGGAACCCAAUCAUUUGAAGGUGUUCACAAAGAGUUUCAUCCAUCUUCUUUGGAAAGCACAGCUGGCAUGAGUUGGCCUUUGAGUCAAGAGUCACCCCCCACAGCCCACUGCUUUAGGUUCAUUAGAAGUUUGAGCGGACUCUCGGUAAGAAGGUCCCUGGUUGGUUCAUUUGAGGAAUCCCUUUUGUCUGGACGUUUAAUUUCUGGAAAAUCCAGCCAGAGAAUCGAUGGUUUCCUUGCUGUACUUAGCAUUACUGGGGGCAAUUUCUCGCCACAAUCACAGAAGCUUCCGUUUUCAGUGACCAGCGUGGAUGGAGACUGCUAUUUACUCUAUUAUGCAUCAAUAGAUCUUGCAGGAAAUUCAUCAAAUAAGUUCAGGGCCCACAAACUGCAAAAAGGUCUUGGACAUGAUGAUUCACAAACUGUCAAAAGCUGUUUUCGAAUUCCUAUGAAAGGGAGAAUACAACUGGUUCUCAGCAACCCGGAAAAGACACCUGUUCACACUUACCUUUGCAACUAUGAUUUGA